AACGGCAUCGUCUUCGAGGUGCAGAUGGGGAUGGUGGACCGCGGCGCGGACAUCGCGUGGCUGUCGCAGUACCCGCAUGAGAAGGAGAUCCUCUUCGCACCGCUGUCGGGCCUCGAGGUGCAGUCGUCGCGCGUGGAUGGCUCCGUGUUGGCGCGCGAGGUGCUCGAGAUGCGGCUCAGCAUCAACCUCGCGUCGCUCACCAUCGAGCAAGUCAUCUCGAAGCGGCGCAAGGUGGUGCAGGACAUGUGCGAGCAGCUCAUCGAGCGGCGGCACGGCCAAAUCCAAAAGGACGCGCCGUGGCAGGCGCUGUGCGCCGCGACGGGGAAGAGCGCCGACGACGUCUCCACCUAUCUGCGUGCGCUGCUCGAGCCGAUCGCCAGCCACGACACCGACUACUACAACGAGGACGCCCAGCUCGGCGGUGCCAUCAACGACGCGGUCACCAUGGCGGGGCGCGUCGCAUCAUGGCCAAAGGUGCUGCAGGCGCUCACGAAAGAGCUCAACAUCGACCUGCCGCGGCUACUCACCGCCAGCGUGGUAAAGCUGCAGCCCAAGGUGGCCAACCCGGUCGCGGUGGGCGCGAUCGCCCUCCUCUCGACGCACAUCACCGAGCUCGGCCUCGACAACGCCGCCAUCGGCCCGACCGGGCUGACGAUGCUCGCCACAGCCAUCCACCGCGGCGCGGCGCCGCUGCGCACGCUGAGGCUCGCGGGCAACGUGCUGUGCGGCGUCGACAAGCAGGGCACAGGGAUAUACACAGCGGACGGGCUCUCCAAGCUGUGCGACGCCAUCUCCUCCGAGCACUGCCGGCUCGAGACGCUCGACAUGCGCGGAAACUGCAUCUUCGCAGUGGGUGCGGCGCUGCUCGGCGGGGCGCUGGCCACGAAUCGGACGCUCACCACCCUCGACCUCUCGGACAACAACCUGCAUAUCAACGGCGCCGCAAGCAUCGGCGACGCCCUCCGCGUGAAUCGGACGCUGCGGGAGGUCGACCUGGGCGAGAACCAAGUCCAGGCGGCGGGUGCUAGGGCGCUCUCCCAGUCGCUCGCGAGUAAUCACACCCUGCGCACGCUCAAGCUCUCGCGCAAUAAGCUGCUAGAGGCGGGCGCCACGAGCGUCGGCGAGCUGCUCAGGAGCACCCAGUCCCUCAAGCACCUCGACCUCGGCGACAAUGGCCUCGGCUCGGCCGGCGCCACGCACCUGGCAGAGGCGCUGCGCUCGAACCGGUCGCUGGUAGGGCUGAACCUGUGCAACAACCACAUCAAGGAGGAGGCGCGACUCCUCUUCGCCGAGGCGCUCAAGGACAACGAGAGCCUCACCGAGCUCAACCUCAAGGACGAGGGCAUCGGCGCCGCCCUCAUGGCGGGCGCCGCCGCGCCGACAAAGGCCGCGACAAAGCUGCUCGAGAGGACAAAGACCUUCAAGCGAGGCGCGCAACCAGGGCCCGCGGCGUGAGCUUGGCGCUCUCGAGCCUCGAGCGCAACGGGAAGGCCGCGUACCCGUUUAUACCCGCCCAUGCGGCCUACUCGCGUGCAUUCGGCCUCCCAUGCUGGCGACGUGUGUAUAAACGCCGGCGAGGCCCUAGCCCCUAGGCUUGGGCUCGGCCAGGUUUGCCUCUCGCACCCCGUCUGUUUUCCUUUCCUUUUUUCUCUACAGCA